GAUUUUGCCAUUUGCGCUUUCGCGAGGAAAAAGGCAACAUUAACGCAUUGCCUUCACGGUGGUAGAGACAGAUCCUGAAUUAUUUUUACGGCAUCAAUCACAGAGGAAAUUGUCCUGACUGAAAGUUCUUACAGUGACAAUGAAUUAUUAGAAAAUAUUCACAUUAAAAAAAAUCACAAUUUAAGUGAAAUUUCCCAAUAAAGUGAAUUUGUGCGGGCCAUUCAUUUUGAUUUAUUCCCUGUUCUGAGUUGAAAGUUAAAAAAUGAAAGUUGUUGUGGUAUUUACAAUAUCUGUUAUAUUUUUUGGGGUGAAGGCAUGGUCAGCAGUUAGAAAUCCCUUUGAGAUUGGAAAAGAACACCAGCGAACAAUACAGACAAUUACAGAUUGUAUGCACGUCACAUCAGAAGAGGGUGACUUUGUGUACCGAAAAGAACCAGAACCACCCACAAUUCAUCAGAUUGGCGAGAAAAAUUCAAAGAGAUCCUCACCAAUGGAAGUGUGCGGCCUCUAUGUGAUUGCAGCACCUGAACAAUUAAUCGAACUUUCCGUCAAAUUCAGCAACAUCCCCUGCGAAUCUGGCGCUCUAAUGGCAUUUGUCGACGGUUGGGAGCUCAAUGGACAGUACUUCCCGGGCAUUCACGAUCACCACUUGGACAUCAAAGAUCGUGUAAAAGAAUUCUGCAAUGAAAAUCUCAAUUGGUUCCCCAACUACCACAUUGCACCCAAAAUAUACAGAUCUAGUCAAAAUGCAGCACUACUUCAAUAUCGGAUACCAUUCCGAGGGUCUUUUCAUGUCAACGUACGAUUUAGAACUCAUCCUAAACCUUGUCACAUCAUGGCUGAAGGACUAGCACCAUUCUAUCGGCUUCAGAGUUCCGAGUUUUCUCCCAAUUGCACUAUUACCGCUCUGUUUCCUGCCGUAGUUUCAAUUUUAGGACUGAAAGUUGGACGGACUUCGUCAAUUUCAAAUGAGUGCACGUCCAAAGGCAGUGAAGUUAACCAACUCAGCAUUGGAGGAUCUGCUGGACUAGACUCUUACAGUAUGCAGAGGACAAGUUCAAUUUGUGGCCAUACAGACAAGGUUGGUCCUGAGCAAGCAAUAUUCUGCGAUGUGACAUCGGUUCGCCUAGAGUCCAGUGCACGGUCAAACAACAUUGCUCUGAUAUCAAUUCGACCAGCCACCGAAAAUGACCUAGACAUUGCAACACUUGUCUGCUAAUUUCUUUAUU